AAAGGUUUGCUCUCUUAAGGGGAAGUGGUGUGAAGUUUAAGCAGUCUGUCCUCAGUGCUCUCUGCUCAAAAGUGUGAGUGUUUCGUGCACAGUGGAGUGUUCGCAGGAAACAUGAAUGUUACUGGUGUAAAGGUUCUCGAACAGGAAGAGAAGAUGGAGGUGGACCCAGGUAUUGUGGGAGCCUGUGUGAUCAUGGCUGUGUGCUUUGUAGUGGGGACUCCGGGGAACCUGCUGGUCGUGUGGACCAUCAUGAAGCACGUGAAGCAGCGCUCUCACACCGUGUUGCUCAUCAUGCACCUGGCUGUUGCUGACUUGCUGGUAGUCUUCACCCUGCCUUUGUGGAUCUACUCUCUGGCUUGGUCCUGGGUGUUCAGUGAGGUUGUGUGCAAGGCCAUGGUGUAUGUCAUCUACGCCUGCAUGUAUGCUAGCAUCUUCCUGAUCACCAUCAUGAGUGUGGAGCGCUUCCUGGCCGUCAGGUACCCCUUCACCUCGGCCACCUGGAGAAAGAAGCAGAUGUUAAAUAAGAUCUUGCUGGUCGUAUGGUUGGUGUCCUUUCUUCUCAGCAUCCCAGUAAUAAUCACUCAGGUCUUGGGUGAAAAUAAUGGACAAAAGCAGUGCCUGUACCGGGAGUAUAAAUCCAAUACACAGGAGGCUGUGCUUCUGCUCUUGGAGUCUCUUGUGGGAUUUGUGAUCCCCUUCUGCAUCCUGGUACUCUGUUACGGCUGCCUCUACAGUCGAAUCACACAGAUGAGCUUCAGGUCCAAGCGCAAAUCUACAGUGCUGAUUGCCAGUGUCGUCGUAGUGUUUGCUCUCUGCUGGAUCCCACACCACAUCACCAACCUUCUGUCCUUGGUGUACCUUGUCCUCGAGGACUCCGAAGAGGGAAAAAUAAUUGAAGAUGUUGUGAAUGCCAUGCACUUGAUCUCUAGCUCACUGGUCUUUGUGAGCAGCACCAUGAAUCCAGUGCUGUAUGUUUUCGCAGCACGGAGCUUUCGCACCUCACUGAGGGAAACAGGUAUCCACAAGCUGUUCCGCCACCUGUCCAGCACAGCGACGGGCGAAGGAAAUAGAGAACUGUCAUUUGUGUCCAAAAGGCAAAGCUCUCAGACCAACACUUCUCAGUGCUGCAUGGAGUCCAAAGCACAAAUAGACCUACUUGUGGAUAUAUGCAACAAUGCUGCCACUGAUGAGAAUGUGUGAAGGUACAGAGUUUGAUAUGUUAGAUGAUAAAUUAGACGACAAUUUCUGCGUAUGUAUAUAAAAUGAUACUAUGGAAAAACUAUGGAGUAUAAAGUAAAGAUGAUUUUAAAAAGAGAGAAAAAAAAAGAAAAUUUUGUCCAGGACUUACUUAGUGCUGGGAAAAUUGUGUACCAUAAGCAUUAUUUACAUACAGUGGGGUCCAAUGCCUGAGACAAUUUCAAAAUAAACAGAAAGUUUUAGAAUUUUUGAAAAAUUUGAACAAAGAAAGGAAAUGUUUAAUAUCUUGAAUAUUCAAAUAUUCAAGAUUUUUUAUGUCACUAUUUAAAUUUAAGCAAAUUUGUGAUACUGAUCAUGUUAACCUCUUUGUACACAAAGGUAAGAUUUUCCUUGGGUCUUUACACAAACUUGGGGAGUCCAUGCCGACUUGAGUGAAUGCUGUCAUUAAAGCAAAAGGGGGAUGUACUGAACAGUAAGCAAAGCUGAAGUACAUGUAAAUAUUUCUAGGAUUUUCAUUCAAGUUGUUGCUGAUAAUUUUGUUUUCGAUUAGAAAAGUAUGCAAAAUAGAAUCACUAAUUUUUCACUCAGACUUUUGGCCUCCACUGUAUAUUUACAUCACGUGUCCUCAGAUUAUUAACAUUUGUUUAAAAUAAUUGCUUCUUCACAUUUCUGUAUGUACGUACCUAUGUAUGAAUUUAAAAAAAGAAUCUUUCUUACUUGUCAUGAUUUUUAGCGCGUACAGUUCAGGUUUGUUAUAGCCUAUUUUAUAUUAGUUAAAUAUAAUCUUUUUAAAAAAUAUAUUAUUCUGUAAUCUGGAUUGAUGUUACUGAAUUCUUCUGAAAGAUAUCCUGACUAUUAUUUCAUUCAAAGUCCAAAUCAGAAGGUUUAAAAAAAAUCAAAAUUUUUUUAAUUUAAUGACUAUUGAUUCAUGGCUUUUUGUGACCAAAAAAGCAAUAUUAUUUAAUAAAGUUUUAAAAUAGUUUUUUUUUUUUUUUUUUGUAUUUAUGAUGCAUAAUUUUCUGUUAAAGUAGAUGAUCAAGAAGUGCUUCACCAGCAAGUUAUAAGUCAGACAGCUUGUGUACCAUGUCUACAUGGCAAAACUUCUCUUUUGUAUUGCAACAUAUGUGCUUGUAUGAGAAAAGAGGAAACGCAAACUGAUUUGUUACACAUUUGUAUUGCUGCUGCUGAGGAAACAGGGUUUUUUUUGCGUCAAGACAAACCUGUUAUUUUAGUGCGUCAAGACAAAUCUGACUUUAUAGUGAGUUGUAUUAUGUGUUUAACCAUCCUGCUUUCUCGCUAAGCCACAAUAAUUAGGAAAAGAAGCAAUAAGAGGUAAAGCACAGUCAGGCUACACACUAGUCCCCUCUAAUGUACUCUUAGUUUGCCAACAGAUACACAGAUUUUUUUUUUUUUCAUUUUCAGGAUGAUGAAUUUUAACGCUUCAUGUUUGUUGAUGUUACAUAGUGAAUAUUUUGACUUACUUUACAGCAGUGUUGGUGAGACAAAACUGGUUAGUCAAAUAUAGUUUAAAGUUUGUUUUUUUUUUUCAUACAUUUUAAUUGCUUAAGAAUUUCUCAUUUAAAAGCAUUACAAUAUUAAAAGCCAGUAAGAAGAUUAUAAUGGUCCCCUUCUCAAAACCUUUGUAGCCAGGGACCGCUUUAACUGUAAAAUAAAUUCAUUUGUAUCCACUCAAUACAAGUUUAGGCUAAUAGCUACAAGAGCUGUAUAAUAAAAAUAAUAACUUUGAUAAUGGUGUGCUGCAAUUUCCACAACUAUAACUAAAUUAAAAAAAAUCACUGAGUCCCUGGCUGCUUCACAGACCCCACUUUAAAAGCCACUGAAUAAGAACAUGUUGUUGGGUGAACAUUCAGAACAGAAAGAUUGACUAUUACUGCUCAUGUACAGCUAUUGUAUUGUGCUUUAUAUGCUCAUUUAUUUGUUUAGAAAGCAUGAAAAAAAGUAAUAGUCAUCAUAUUUUUUAAUGUUGUCAUUUUUAUGGUUCCCUUUUUUUUUUGUAUUUGUUGUCUCAGAUGCUGAAUUUGAAAAUUUCCCUCACUGAUUUAAACAUCAUUGUGUCAUAACUGUACUCAUUUUUAAAAAAGAAAUAAAAAAUAAAAACCUAAACAAGUCAGUGAUCUGAUUGCUGAGAAGCAGGGUCGUUCCUGGGUCAUGACACACUUUUUAUUCCCAGGCAACAAGAGUGCUUAUUAGGCAAACUGCUGAAAAUCCAGCAGAAUGCACUACAGAAAUGAAUCAACAAUCCGUGUGAAAGUCUGAAGGAGCCUUUACAUAUACAAGUAAAGGCAACUGAUUUUGAAAAAAGUGUAGAGUUUGAAACAAUCACAAAAAGAAACUGUAGAUACAUUAUGGAAGAGAUUCUAAUAGUGGUGAAGUAGUGGUGUUGACUAAGAGAUGUUUACAUCUGGGUCU